GGAAGCAGACAAAUACCUAACAGCAGAGAGCUGGGGAGAGAGAAAAAUGAACCAGACACAAAGUAUGCUGAUAGACAGCCUGACUAGGACCAAGCAUGUUGCCAACGCCGCUCUCAUCAGAAUAGUGGACGGCAACAUCCUGGCAACGACUCCGGGCUUCAACAUCCAAAGCCAAGCCCUGGUCUUCCUCCAAGCUUUUUUUAAGGAGUUGCUCCAAGUCAGAAGAGACGGGCUCUACUUCAAAGACCGGUACUACAAGUGCGUCCGAGCGGACGACCACUCCAUCUACCUCAAAGGGAAAGACAACGGGGUGAUCUUGGCCAAAACGGGGACCUUCAUCGUGGUCGGCACUUACGCCCAAGGCAUGUAUCCCAGCGUGUGUGUGGAAGCCGUGGAGAAGCUGGCAGACUACUUCAGAGCAAAGGAAAACUGAAAAGGGUAUGGAGAUGGAGCCAUUUCGCUCAG